AAACAUACUGAGUAGAACACAAAAAUAUUACAGCAAACUUUUUACUUCAAUGCAACACCGAUGAAAUAUAUCUAUAUAUAUCGACUGGGAAUAGUCCAAAAUGAAAGUCUUCGUUUGGGAAGCACCUCCAAUUAUCCCACGGACACUGUUCAAUAUACAAGUUGCAACAUGUCUAAACUCUCUUGCAUUUCAAGCAAAUACAACUGGACGCCCACAUUCAAGGUUAUCCGGCACCACAAACUCGAACAAAGAGUACCUGUAUGGUUAUUAGUGAAUGAGUUGACUUACUUUCCCCUCUUGUUGUUAUUGUUGUAUGUAAAAUUAAUUUCUGCAAAUGAUUAUACAAAUCUGUUCGGUCGAAAAACAUUCGUUAGUGGAUUUCAAGUGUAUUCGUCCGAAUGGAACCCCAUCAACCUCCCACUAGAUUCAAAUAACGCAGAGAUCUCAUUACGACUCAACAUUCCUAAGAGUAAUACAGAUUAAAUUCGCCGUACACUAUUUCGCAAGACAAUGACAAGUAAAUAAUAAUAAUAAUCAAUUUUCAUAAACUAAGCGUUCACAUGAUUAAAAGGCACG